GUAUGCCAAGGUCGAUCGUCGGCCGCUGGAUCCACCACCAGUCGUCUGUCUGCGGCUCUUCGAGGUGUUCGACGACGGUGCGGGUGGGGAGACAGAGAAGGAGAUUGACUACGAGUGAGUCGUGCCCCCUCCUUCCGUGUCUCCGCCGGCGCAGCAGCAGGAAGCUCACGAUCUCUGCGCACGCGAAGCAACAUCCACAUUAUGGGCCUGAUGUGCAUGGUCGACCUGAUACCCGUCAACCCGCCUGCGCCGUCGCCCACGACAUCCGCGCCAUCCUCAUCGACCUCGACACCGUACUCGCCCCCGCAAAGCCCACAGUCGCCAUACUACAGCACAGCGUAUCCACGGCCAGGCGAGAACGCGACAAGCGCACUGGCGGGGACGACGUUCGUGCAGGUCGACAGCAUCCCGUGGAAGGGCCGCACGAGUCUGCUCUUCACGUUCGCUGUAAGCAUGCCUUUCCCGGCUACCUUCGCGCGCGCGCGUGUUCUGUUUCUCCCGCGUGAUUGACAGCCGCUUCCACUCCGCAG